UGUAGACUCCACUGGUGUAGCCCCUGUCUGUGCUACUGUCAGCAAGUGUAAACAGCAUGCGAGCAUCCACGAGCAAUGACUGAUGUUGAAGCGACGUAUGCCGACUUCCUCGCUUCAGGAAGAACUGGGAGGCGGAAUGCUCUGCAUGACAUCCUCCAGAGCCCUGAUGACUCUAACCAGAGGGAUCUGGCCCUCACCUUCUCAGACCUCAGUGUCAGCAAAGCGGGUGAAGGAAAUGGCCCUGGCAAACGCAGAGGCUCAUCUACCGAUGACAGCCCCGAACAUGGCCGACCUGACAACGAGAGAAGAUAAGCUGUCACAUCUUUGGCAACUGCCACCUUACCCAUGAAGCCCCACGGACUAGAAGGGCGCGGCCAUGGGCAUAUAGGGCCUAUCCUUUUACAGACUGAGAGGUAGAGAGGAGAUUUACCAAACGAACAGGAAGUGACUGAGGCUAUUUCCCCGUGUAUUCAACUGGGUGGUAAUAGUUUUCUGGGGGAGUUAUCUGGCACGGGGUGCCACAGAUCAAGUUCACCAGCUGCACACUACUAAAGUGGUGCUCAGUGUAGCAGGGAGAGAUAAACAAAAGCAAUGAUCUUGGGCAUAGGCUAUGGGAAGGAUUCAGCAGCUAUACUACAUCACAGACUUAUUCUACUUAUGCAACCACCUCCAGGUUCUCUUUAUCACUAUAUUUCAUUUUGAUCACUUUUGAAAAAGAAAAUAUUAUAUCUAAGUCUUAGUUCAAUCAUUUCCGCCAUUCAAGUUAAUCCUAGUAACAUUAAUGAUGUGGAAUACUUCUUUUCAACCUAUCAUUUUGUUUAAAAGUGUUAUUCACUGGAUGGUGAGGUAGUCGUUACAAUGUCAUGUUAUUGUAGUGUAAUCAUCACCAAACGCACAAAAAGAGUUAAGUGCAGGUGUUCAUCAGUUUAAUGAAACUCCAUUUAUCACUUCAAUAAAAUUGCACUGAACCAUUUAA